GCAUCGUCACUCCUUACCACCAUAAUAAUUUCCGGCAAACCCGACACCUUCUCCUCAACUACAAACUGACAGCAGAUAUUCUGCGCACAAUACCGUCGACAUGCCGUCACACCUUGGAGUACCUCAUACUUCCCACGCCAAGAUGAUUAUAUCACCGCCGCGCUUGAAUCUGCGCAGAGCCGCAUCAUAUACCGGCGUACCAAAUGAGAAGCUACCGUUGUCGGCGACAUCAUCAAGUUUCAACUUUAAUCACCUUCUCUUCUCCCCUCCGCCGUCGCCCGGUCUACCCCAGCUAGUAACGCGGCCGCGGAAAGCUUCAAAUGCUCCACGACCAAGCAGAGUGUUCCGAGGUCUGGGAUGGGUUAUCACGCUCGUCAUUUUCCUUUAUCUUUCCAGGGUUGUAGUCAGGAAAAACGUUUCGCUUCCACUUGUCGGAGGCUGGGAGAAGACAGGAGAUUUCGAGAUGGUCGGUCAGUACGACCUGCCGGAUUUUCCGACUCCUAUAGCCGUUACAGACCGUCGUGGCAGAUCGAAGUGGACGGUUUCUAUCCCACCCACAUAUGAUUUUCCACUGACGACCAAGGAGUACUCGGACAUCUGCGCAAAGUGCCACGAGGUUGCGGCACAUGUCCGAGAGUUGCAAGGAGAUUCACAUCCCUCGCAACAAGCACAGCUAGACUAUUAUUAUCAGGAUCCCUAUUUUGUCGACGUACACGAAGCCGAGAGCCAUGGUCUGCUUCCGGGCAUGGAUGCCCAGGCCCACCAGACCAUGGCAAAAGUGCCUGAAGGCCAUUUUGUCGGGCGCAAUGAGACCGACAUGGUUGACAGGCCUGUCUGCACAACCUCAAUGACGUUCGUGCUGGAAUCACCAGAAGCUGGUAUCGGGCCAACACUCAUGAUGUUGUGGAUGGCGUAUGGAUUGGCUCAGAAGGAAAACCGUGCCUUCUUCAUUGACGAUACGAGAUGGGCGUACGGGGAGUAUACGAACUUGUUCAAGGCACCCCCUGUGCCCGCAUGCAACCCGCCGCCUAGGCACGAGAUGUUGCCUUGUCCUCAUCAUGCUCGCCAUCUGGCAGUAUCGGUCGCGACAGCACGUGAUACGUUCGGGCACAGUUUCGACUAUCAGUAUGAACAUCCCCAAAGAAACGACGUCACUCGGGAGAAGCCAAUGUACAACCUAGCUCGGGCUGGGUACGAAGCGCUGUUUCACCUGGUUGAUGAGGAUCGUUCUUAUGUCGAAAAGCGCAUCCAGGAGCUGAAGGCUAAAGCGGCGGUUCCUGGGGAAAGCAACCACGAUGGGUCCAUAAUUGGUGUCCAUGUGCGACAUGGCGAUCAGCAUCCCUUUGAGACCCAGUACAGCGCAACAUAUAUGCCUCUGAUCAGAUACACUGAGGUGAUCCAACAGAUCAUCGACGACGCCCACAACGCCAGCAUGCCGGACGGCGGUGAUGAUGUAGUAGCCAAACAGCACUCACAAGUUGUUCUCGCGUCUGACAAUCCUGACGUCUACACAUCUGAUGAGUUCUCCGGUUCAGUGCGUGCACAAGAACGGAUCCAGCUGGCCAGUGUGGCGCACCCAAAGCCAGCAAGUCAAGAUCCUCAUGUGAUGCACAAGUUUCAGGAAGAAACCUUUGGUUGGGAAGGCGGCUUUUUCGGAAGCAUGUUCUGGAACCUAGGCCGAUCAACUCACAACAAUGCCGAUUCUGACGGUGUAGCAACCGUUGUCCACUCGUCCGACGCCACACGCUUGAGGAGUCUCAUCGGCCGAUCGUACAUGCUCGACCUUGCCAUCUUAGGGCGGGGCACCGAUACGGUCAUCUGUACCGUCAGCUCAGCGGGUUGUCGACUCGUGGCGGUGAUCAUGGGCUGGGAGAAAGCCAUGGGGGAAGGCAACUGGGUCAACAUUGAUGGAAACUAUCUCUGGACCGGCGUGUCCAUAUAAUAACUAAACCCCCAAUCAUAUGUUUGGCGCAACUCAGAAAAGCUUGGAAAAUCGCCGCAGGGGUGCAAAGGGAGAGAGAAAAUCACUUACAGUACAUAAUUAGCAUUUUAUCGCGAGGCGUUUGGGUGGAUUCGUUGCUUUUAUCACUAUUUAGGAUACCACAGAUACGUCGAUCAGGCGCAUUUCGAUGUUGCAUUAAGAGUAGGCCAUCCCGG